GAUCUUUCCUCGUUCUGGGCUUGUGCAGUUUCCGCAUUCGCGUGGAGUGGGUGUCCGGAUCUCUGCUUCUCUAGGGGGUUUCUGUUUCGUGUUCUUGUGGGGUGCCUCCGGGGCUGAAUUGGAUCUAACUUGCACAUUGCUAUAUGUUCCGAAAAUCUAAACAAGAUUGCAAAUUUUACAUGGGUUUGGAAAUGCUGCCUUUUUUCAUCGUUGGACCUCUUGAUUUGUUUUAGAGAAAAGAGACACUGUAAAAGUAUGUUGGGCUUUUGAUAGUCUUGAACUUCACUUGAGAUAGCCGCGGCUGAUCUGGAGUUCCUAUGCAACAAUUCCUUUAGAUGCAACUGUUGCUGGAUGGCUCUUGAUGACUGAAUUUUUUUCCCCUUUUAAAAAUGGUUUCAACUCUUCGCGCCUUUAUGUUCGGAAAUUACGAUAUUGAGCACGAUCCCACUAGGUUGUGAUUGUCUCUUCUCUUCCCACUCCGCCUUCCCUCUCCCUCUUACGUAUUUGGGAGGCAAAUGAAUUGUUGUUGCUUUAAAUCCUUCUUGGAAAAUUGACAUGCUGAGUUGUUUACCAUCAGAGAUUAAUGCCUGCUCUAUGGUGAAUCUUCAGGUUUAUUGCCUUGUCUAUUUGCAUAAAGUGAACAUUGAAAUGAAGGGGAAAAAGAUUGGAUGGGCGAUGUAUUAAUUCACCAUGAAGGCGAUUCAGGAAUCUCUCAACACUUAAGCGCAAGACUUUUAUAGUUUUAGCUCUCAUGUAAUUAUUUGUCCCUUGAUUGCAGCAUUCUUUUAAAGAUAUCUCCCCACGUGUAGCAACCAGCCAGCCUCCUCCUUUUAUUUCACAAGAUGGCUUUUCUGGAAAAGGUUAGCAUGACAAUGACUUUGGUGAUGAAAUAUUCAUCACGUAGGAACACUUUUUUAAACAUCCAAGCCAUCAGAAGUUUGAACUGAAGAUGAUUGGUUUGAAUGCGGCUUCUUCACAGUUUGCACUCUUUCUGUGGACGCGAUCCUAUUUCAGCUGUCAAGUUUAAUGGAGCAUGCUGGUUUUAAUUAUCUUUAUGCUAUGAAGUAACUCGUGGCUUUAGCAAAUAAAAGAAAAUUGUCGAGACGAUGUUUGAUUAUUCUCAAGUGAUGGCAAACUUUAGAAGAUAAGAAAGUACAACUUAUUGAAUGUAGGAUUAUGCCUAGUUUGUUUUGUGGCUUUGUCUCUGUUCUUGUUUGAAAAUUACGCUAAUCUGUAUCAGGGUGCUUAUGUGUUGAUUUGUAGGAGUGUUGUGUCACGGGCAUAUAUAUUUUAGUCCCGAAACCUAGUGAGCUCAUACUAUGCAGACAAUUCAAAAGAAUAAUAACUGAGCACGGAUAAUGAGCAAUUUUGAUUACUUCAGUCCUGAAAAGUUUACUAGAACUCCUAAAAGAUAAAUACUCUCCUUACGGGAAGUUUAGCUGCAACUAACGCAUGAGGGAGCUCAAGACGACUUGCUUUUAGCUGUAGACCUUGAGGGAAUGACUUUUGACUCGGUAGUUUCAUGGUAGGGUCCGAAAAGAAGUAAACUUUUCAAUGAAGUUUCGAAACUUGGAGAAUAAGUCUGCAAUUUUUCGGUUGGGGACAGUUCUUUUAGAAGUAAAAUUUCCAAAGAAGUUUUGAAACUUGGAGAAAAAGUCGGAAAUUUUUCAGUUUAGAACAGUUUUUUUUUUCUCCUUUCGGCAAUCCCCAAUGUCUUGACUAUAAUAUUUUUGCCUGUAUGCAAAUGCUUUCGAGGCUUGUGAUGGACUUUUAUGCUUCUUUUUCUUUUUCUUUUUUACUAAGCCAUGGACAUUUUAUUUGUUAAUAUGAGUCAAAACGAAGUGGAAAAAAAUUAAGAGUUUUCUGCUCCCUUCCUCUGCCUUUUACCCCAAUAGUCCUUGUUGAUCUUAAGCGGAGGUUAAGAUGUGGGAUCCACCAAACAGUCGAACAACUUCAUUGUAAGGUUAGACCCAGUGGAAAGCAGGGGUUUUAGCUCAUAACAUCUCUAUUAUAAAUAAGCAUGGAUGUAACUCCGACAUGAAGUAAUCUGAAGCAAGUUAGUAUUGCUCUGUUCAAAUUUCCUUCUCUUUCCCUUAUAGUUAGCAUUUUAGCUAGUUUAACAUUUUGAGAUGGAAAGCACGGAAAUUCCAUUAGUUGAUCUGCCAGUGGGAGUCCGAUUCAGACCAACAGAGGAGGAACUUGUCAAUCAUUACUUGAAGUUGAAAAUACUCAGUGACAAAAAGGUCAAGCAGAUAAUUCCUGAGGUUGAUGUCCAUCCAUUGCCACCUUGAGUUUUACCCAGCAAGAUUAAUGAAUUAUCAAGUAUAAACUCAGAUGAUGAUGGAUGGUUCUUCUUCUGCCAUCUGCAAGAUAGAUACCCUUAAAGUAAAUGAACUAAAAGGACAAAUGAUCAUGGCUCUUGGAAGCCAACCGGCGAAACUCGUGAAAUCAGGACACAAGACAAAAAGAACAUUUUAGGUUUGAAGAAAAUUUUGGUUUUCAAAAACGUCAAAGUCCCAAAAAUGCCCAGACAAAAUGGGUACUUCAUGAAUAUCACAUAUAUGCUGAUCUUAUGGACAACGCCCUUAAUAACCAGGGUGACUUCGUUCUGUACCACUUGAAGCAAAACCUUGAUAACCGGGGUAAGAAAAAUUCAAAGACCAAGAAGGCCAAAAAAGAUGUCUCCAUUAUGCCUCUAGAAGGCAGCAGAAGUAGCUGUCACACACCCAAUGAAGUCAACCAAACAAUUUUCUUUAUUAUGCCUCAGGAAGGCAGCAGAAGUAUCUGUACACACCUGAUGAAGUCAAUAACACAAGUUGCACCAGCGCAUUGGUAACUGCCAAAAGCAUAGCACUUGGCGUUUCCAAAGGAAUCUUUAAAAGAAAAUGUACAGCAACUACCAGCGCCAAUUCUCUCAGCAGACUGCAACUCAUUGGGAUUUGAUUUCUCUGCAACUCCAUGGCCCUCCUCAGCGACCGGGGAGCAAUUAACUAAUGAUCCAUUAUAUCGGGAUUUGGAGUCUUAUUUUGCUGAUAACGAACACCUUGGAGAGAUAUUUGGGAUGUUGAACUCGUAUGGCUAGUUCUAGCACAACCACUCUUCCGAAGGAAACAUUACAUAAGUUUUUUUUUUUUCGGCUAGGUAAUUGGUGUGCAUCCACUGGCUUGGAUGCACACUCUUCAAGUGUUGAUAAAGAGGGCACGUUGGAUGCACGCUCUUCAAGUGCUGAUAAAGAGUGUGCCCAUGCUGUGUCACCGGAAAGAAUAUUUUCCUUGUGGAAAACGAUGUACAUGGAUCAAGUGUUCAUUGAUGUACACUACUUGCUUAAUGAGUUUUUCUUAUACGCUGUGUAACGAGUUAUUUGUUAUAGCAGUAUGUGCCAUUGCUAAUCCCGAAUUUGCCAACAAAUAGUUGUUCGGCUUUCUCCCAGCUGGUUGUUUCCCGCACACGUUCUUUGUAUAAACGAGGUGUAUGGAUUUAGUAUUGGGUUCACGCCCAUUCGACGGACUGUUGUUUUGAUUGGAUUUGAUUCUUUGUACAAAAAUAACAGGAUGGAGAAAGAAAAGUUAGUGGCGUUACCAACCAAUCAUGAAAUAUUAACAGUUGCAAGAACGGUCUUGGAUCUGAAAAAGGAAAUAUGACUUCUUGUGGUCCGAGUAUAACAGAUACAAAUAACAAGAAUGAGAAGUUCGGUUAAUUACAUGUAUUCAAGCCAUUGCAAAAUGGAAAUUCAAGGCUAGCCACUCGACAGCUUCCACGAAGGCAAAGUUGUCGAUCUCAGCUAUCUUGUCAACGUUACUGUAUCUUUCAGGUUACAAAAAGUUCCCUUCUGAAGCAAGGGAAGGACUGCAUAAAGACACUGGUCCGUGGGGGUCAAGUCAAUGCUUUUGGUGGAGCAUCUGGAAACAGUAUCUACAAAGCUCAAACUAGUGUUUUAGAGAUCACUCUGCUUCAGAUUCAGCUACUAAAGUCACUAAAAAUUGAGUUUGAGAGUGAAGUUGUCGAGACUCAAAAAUGCCCUGCCUCAUUCCUGUUGAUGUUUUCUAUGAACAUAUAGAUUGUUUUCUGCCUGUAGGAUACAGGUUUCGCCCCACCGAUGAGGAACUCAUCAAUCAUUUCUUGAGACGACACGUCCUUGGAUAUAGAGAUGACCCCUGCAUUAUUCCAGAGACCCCUUUUGUGCAUAAAUUCGAUCCUUGGCAUUUACCCCGCCUAUUUAGAGAACGCUCAAUUGUGAGGUCGAAGGAGGCAGAGUGGUGGUUCUUGUCUCGUCUUUUGUUCAAGACUCAAAAGAAUAGUAAGUACGACCGACAAACUCCGUCCGGUCAUUGGAAAACAACCGGUCAAGAGAAGAAGAUCAAUGCCAAAAGUACUAAUAGGUUGAUUGGGACCAUGAGGAAUUUAGUUUUUAUAGAAAACGAGGGUUCAAGCGCCAAAGAGACAGUAUGGGUAAUGCAUGAGUAUUGCCUACAUGACAAUUAUGGAGCCAACUUUCUUGACCAGAAAUUUGUGCUUUGCCGCCUUAUAAACAAAAGAGAUGAGUUCAUCGAUGAUUCAACCUCUGUUGAAGCUGGAUCAAUAUCAUUGUUAAUGAACUUAGGCAAUGACAAAGCAUGGAGUAACAUUCCAGAGAACAUUAUCGAAGCCACGAUGGAUCAACUUGCAGAGGCCUUAUGCCCACCAAUGAACCUGAACCUCUCCUCUAAUCCACAUCUCGUUGACAUGGGGGCUCCUUCUCAUGUCCAUAUUGCAAAUGACAAUUUGGAUCAAUCUGACCAGCAAGGAGAUGUGGUCGAUGGGAUUGAGACGGAUGGAUCUAUUGAUGAUAUCUUGGAUGCUAUUGACUGGAACAUGGAUGAAAUUUGCCAACAGCGUAGUGGAACAGAACCUGAGACAGAUAAUGGACAGGGGUGGGGGCUGCCUGCAGACAGACCGAUUGAGCAAGGGGAGCAUGCUGACAGGCUGAGACAACCUACCAUCAGACUUGUGGACGAUAGGCCUAGGGAAGAAACAAGUAUUCAUGCUCAAGACAAUUCACAGGAACAAAAUAUUGAUCAUAUUUUCAUGAUUCAACCAAUUGAAGAAUAUCCUGAGAUCAACUGCUUGACACAUGCUCCUGUACCCACCCGAGCUUCUAGAGGUCGAGACAGAGUCCAACUACAUAAUGGGCAUGGACUGGCAUCCAAGGCCAAGGUGACUGGAUUAGUCGAAAAUUAUGGGGAGAUCAACUGCUUAGCAUGUGAGCCAGUAACAAUCCAAGCUUCUAGAGGUCGAGACAGAGUCCAUCUACAAAAUAAACCAUCUGUUAGACUAGUAUCCAAGGUGAAGGACAAGGAAAGCAAAGGUGAAAAGGACAAAGCUGCUGCUAACAUUUCCAAGAAUGUCUUCUCUAUGAGAGAGCUUAAAGCAUGCUUGGAACAGACUCAAGAAAUCGAACAAAGUAGCAAAUCAAAAUCAUCUGUUUUCCCAGCGAGCAGUGCAAAAAGUCCUAUUAUGGCGCCUGAUAAGUGCUCGCAGGGUUCUGUUUCAAGUGCAAAUUCAAACCGAACCAAACAUUUCAAAUCAAAAUCCUUCCAAACUGAAGCCAAGCCAAACCGGAAAGUAAAACCCUCAAGCAAAACCAGAUAGUUGGUUUCAACUUCAACUGGUUUGUUGCUGAGUUUGUGACUUUGAUGGAUGUUUGCUAAUUAAUGCAGUCUCUCUUUUUUAUUUAUGAUAAUCAGGUUCAUGUCUGAA